AUGACCUGCUUUUCUAAAUGAUGGUUUAUAAAAUAUUAUUCCAAAAUCCUUUUUUCCAUUACAGGACCUGUCUUGAAUAUGCAAGUUUAUAUUCCCGAGGAGGAAUGCACCCACCUCUGCCUGCCAUACGUGCACUGGGUUCUGCGCUCUAUGAUAAUCCAAGCACACUUCUCAAUGGUCACCUUCGCCAGUCAACACAGCAGCAGCUACAGCAACACAGGCUGAACAUCAACAAUCUGAAGAGCACACAUCUUAGUAGCCAUGAGCAUUCAGACUCUGGUCUCAGUGCAGAGUCACAUGAAUACAGCCCUUACAAUAGUGAGAGGUUGAGUGAAGGCCCAAGAUAUGCACAGACCACAAAGCUGUCUUCUUCACAACCUCCACUGCCUUCCUUAGUGAGUACAAGUGCCAUUAAUUCCCAUUCUGGGGCCCCAAUCCAGUCUCGGCCAUAUCCCUUCAGCUCAAUGCGGGUAUCUUCGACCCACAUGGCUCCUGAUCCUAGCACUGUACAUAGGCUGUGGGAUGAUCAAAGGGCAAGAGGGAAAGGAAGUGGCAGGUUGGUGGCUGGGGCUUCCAAUGAUGGUGAUGGCUUAGCUUGGAUGUCUCCUGGGGCUCCGCCCUUGGGUACCUACCGCACUCUACCUAAUUCUACAACUCCUGCUGAUGCUAGUAACAUUAACAAUAAUUGGAGUGGGAGUGUAAGAAGUACCCGCAGUGGGGAUGGAGGCACUAGAAGAGGCCCACUGUACUUCAGGGGUCACCAGCCCAACACUUCUGGCAUUCUCAGGGACUCCAAUAAAUUCAAUACAAGCGUGAUGAUUGGUUCUUGUUGGACUAAUGACACAGCCACUAUUCGAGAAGAUGAUGAAUCACAAGACCCAGUACAAGUUUGCUCACCAGUGCAUAUGGCAGCCAGUAGUAGUGAUGGAACUGACCUUUCUACAAACACAACACAGCAGUGUAGUGUACAGGAAAUUGUUCAUGAAAUGAGUACAGAGUUAUGAGCAGGGUGUGAGGGUUCAACAGUAUAUGCAGACAACAGUAACCAUGACUGUUUAAGCAAUCCAACCAAAGUCAUUGAUUUAAAGUUUUACUCAAGAUGGGAACUUUAAAAUAAUGUUCAGUGUCUGUAUGAUUAUACAGAAAAAGUGCCAUGCUCUUGCAUUAUCAAGUAGAAAAUCGCUUAUGUUAUAUUUGAUUCAACAUAAGACAUAAAAUGAAAUCUGGUGUAGAUAUUAAAUAAUAUCUAUGAUGAACCAAGUUGUACUGAAAUUAAAAGUGUUCACAGAAACAAUUUUGAUAAUGUAUGUAACUACGAAUUAUUGUUUCCUGUACAUAAACUUGUUAGGUGGGUGUGCGAGGUGUUUAGUUUCUCACUUGUACAUAUGCAUGGCUGAGCUGUACAUACUAAAAAUUUAAAUGAUGUUGGAAUGUGUGUGAAUUUCAACAGGAGUGUUAUCUCUAUUAUUUAUGACAUAACAUGCUGGUAAGGUUUUCUUCAUUCUGAGGUGGAGGCAGAUAGGUAUUGGUCCAGAGGUAAUGCAGAACAUGUUGAAAUAUGUCAUCACUUUUCAGCAAAAUAUCACGUACAUUAGUAGCCAGUGGUGAAAAGCAAUACUUAUAUACCUCUCUGGUUUAAAUACUUAGAGCAAACAAAUGCUUAGUGUUGACAGAGAUCAUCAGCAUCAGAGGUUCUAAGCAGGCUGAUGUUGCAGUGAUUCUCAAAACUCAUAUUCAGGUGUGCUCAGUCUGAAUUUCAACUGAAACAAGAGCUAUCCUCCCUGAGGAUUUCCUCAGACUCUUUAGGCAGAUAGCAGGAUUGUACCAUGAUUAGGACAUGGCCACUUCAAAAUCCUUUGUAAUUCAUUAUUCACCAAACAUUCGUCAUUUGAUACUAUAUUGCCUGAGUUAUAAUAACAUCUGAGGCAAUACUUUGUUCAGAGGUAUAAAUUCUGUUGUUAACAGGGUCAGUGAGCACAGAAAAUUACCGUCACAUAACACAACAAACAAUAAAGCCACCUAUUGGACUAAAUCUCAUAAAAACAGAUGGAGAUAUUACACAACCCAGUGGCAAAUUUUUUCUUCUGUUUCAUUAAACAUAUGUAUCAUAUUGAAAAUAUUUAAAAUUAAUUUAUGUCAAUUUGAUCUGUGUUUUUCACAGUGUAUGUCCUCUUUGUCCAGUGACUCAGUUUUCAAAAAGACUUAAUGGAGUUUGAAUUGAACUGUACAUGUAUUAUAUUCAGUCAAUAUGAUAUGGACCAAAUGUAAAUUAGGGUGGCAUCUUUUAGUGUGACUGAAUACCAAAUUUCAUUGAAUUUCAUUAAGUAACUUCAGAUAAAAUAUGUGGAUUGAUGGGCAGACAUGAUUUCUAUAUGAAGUGCUCAUUUUAUGUACUAUGCAUGAAAAACAUAUGGAAACUAUUCUAUCAUCUUCGUGGUAUUUUGCUGUACUGGUCUGUAAAUAAUGCAUGAAAAGCGAGUGGAUGUGAAGUAUGCUCUGUUUAAAAAUUAAAUGUAAGUGGUGUGCACAAAUUUAUAUAUUGAAUUUUCAGAAUGUGUUCAUUGUAUAUUGUAUACUGCAAUCUGUGAGUGUUAUGUACUACAGUAAUGUUUGUCAUGUUAAAUGUUGGAUGUGUUUUCACCUUUUUAUAUUGUAAAGGAGGAAAACAUUUUUAUAAUGGUAAUUGUUGUUAUAUGAACUUAAAGGCAAUUUAUAUUCCCAUUUGCUAUACAAGUAUUGUGAAACAGUUCAAUGUGAAAGAAAAAAAUAUAUAUACAUACUAAUGUAACACCCAUAGAAACUUCAACAGAAAAUGUUAUCAUUUGUUACAUAAGCUACUGUUAAUUUCUCCUGCUAUAUCCUGUAUUCCUUUGCAGUCCUACAAGUUCUCAAAUGAUAAGUCAAGGCCCAUGUUUAACGCUAUCUUCCACGGAUCACAUGCACAAAUAGUCAAUCAUAAAUCAUAUGCUUUAUAUAGUAUACUACACUUCACAUAUCCACAUCAAAAUAUUAUCAGUACUCAUAGAAUAGAUGCAAUACACUGAAACAAAAACUGCUUGCUUGUUCACAACUACUAUGUAACCAACAUUCAUGCAACAUGUUAACAGUUAACAAUAUAUGCUCUGAUGACCAAAAUUUUGUAAUUUAAGAGGUUCCGCCUUUCUGUUAUAUUAACUUUAUAUAUAUAUACAAGUACAUAUAUGAAUGUGUGCUUACUUGUCGGUUACUUUACUUUAUGUGGCAGAUCAUGUUACAUUUAUCUAGAUAUCAAACUUGGUCUCUUACCCAAAGAUUAAGCAUUCUACAUUACUGAGUCUACAGAAGCAUAUUUAAUUUGCACAUUUUCCCAUUAUGCAGCAUUUUUCAGAAAAGCAACGCCAUAUAAAUAUUGGUAUACCUGCA